AUGUUGCCGUACUGCAGCCGUCGGCUGUUGAAGUCAUUCAAGUAUGUUCUGGUACUGACCGCCAUUGUAUCGACUGUACUAAUCUACAAGGUCUCAUUUCGACCUGAUAUUGCUGUUCAACGCUAUCCCCCUCAACGUUUAUCUCACUAUGAAUGCCCUUGUAACACAUCGAUCUAUACUAAUUCUGGAAACUCACCUUAUAUUAACCAAAGCUUAACAGAACAUCGCGCUUUGCUUCUGUUAGAAAGCGCCUAUUCACGUCAUGGACGUCAACUUAUACAAAUUCUUAUCGCAUUGAAGUACCCGUACAAAGCAGAGACGUUCUCGAAGAAUCUGCCUCUUCUCACAACCGCCACACAUGGCCGUUAUUCUAUUAUUAUUAUUGAAAAUUACUACAAAUACCUUAACAUGGCAAAAUGGAAUCGCCAACUGUUGGAUAAAUAUUGUAUCGACUACAAUGUUCCACUAAUCUCCUUUCUGCAAACGAAACCCAGCAGCACGUUCCAAAAGGUGAAAAUCAAGGGCUCUCAACUGUACUUCUGGCAAAAUCAAGAAGUUAUCUCAUUGAAAGUAGCUGAAUCGGAUAUUCACCGCAUAUCCAAGAUUGGCGCAGAGAGAACGGAUAUCAACACAGCAGAAUGGGUCCUUUUCGAGGAGUCACCUUUGUACCCGACGGUACUCGCAGCAAGGGACGCCUUCGGAAGACCUAGGGCUGCCAUAGUUCACGAUCCCGGAAAGGUUGAUAGUGUACAACGCGUGCUUUUCGGUCACAAUAUAACUGAUUGGACAGUCAAGAUGACUUUCCUCGACGUUCUGUGGUACACAACAGGAGGUCGUAUUGGGUGGAGUUUGGAUCGUUAUAUUCAGAUCGAUAUCGAUGACAUAUUUGUUGGAGCUCGUGGGACACGUAUGAUAGAAAGUGAUGUUAGGGCACUGCUCAAAAGUCAGGAACAACUUCGUGAACACAUUUCGAACUUCUCUUACAUGCUUGGGUUUUCCGGUAGUUAUUUUCGUAAUGGAGAUGAUAACGAGGAUCGAGGAGAUGAACUUCUUGUGGAGCUGGCGCAAAAUUUCAUCUGGUUUCCACAUAUGUGGCGUCACAAUCAUGCACACGAGCAUAAUUUGACGUAUAUGGAAGCGACAAUGACUCAGAAUUUGAUGUUUGCUCAGAACAUGCGGCUUCCUGUGAAAUAUCCUUACGCGGUAGCACCGCAGCAUGAUGGUGUGUAUCCUGUGCAUUCGGAACUUUACAAAGCUUGGAAGCGAAUUUGGAAGGUGGAAGUGACUGCUACUGAGGAAUACCCUCAUUUCAAGCCAGCCUCAGGGAGGAAAGGGUUCAUCCACAUGAACAUUUCGGUUCUUCCACGUCAGACCUGUGGCCUCUACACGCAUACGCAGUUCUUUCACAAUUAUCCUGGCGGUCUUUCCAAGCUUACAAGCUUAAUUUAUGGUGGGGAGCUCUUCUUCACCAUUUUAAUGAAUCCGAUAUCUAUAUUCAUGACUCAUCAACAGAAUUUUGCGCAUGAUCGAUUGGCAUUGUUCACAUUCGAUAAUCUUGUGCGGUUUGUCAGCUGUUGGACUAACAUUCAGCUGCGUUGGCAAAACCCUAUCGAAUCUGCACGAAUGUAUUUCUCCUUGAUGCCGCAAGAGACUGUGCCGCUGUGGAGCAAUCCUUGCGAAGAUCCACGGCAUAAAGCUAUUUUACCACCUUCUUUAAAUUGCUCGAACUUCACUCUUCCGACAGUUCUUAUCGUCGGACCACAGAAAACAGGUACCACAGCUCUUGCGACCUUUUUAUCAUUGCAUCCCAAUGUAUCAACAAAUGCACCAAUUCCGGAGUCAUUUGAGGAGCUACAGUUUUUCGGUGGAGCGAAUUACCAUAAAGGAAUAAAGUGGUAUUCAUCUAAGUUUUCGCCUGCUCACGUCGUAUUCGAUAAGAGUGCAACAUAUUUUGAUAAUCCGGCUGCUGCUAAGCAAGCAUUCACCCUUGUUCCUAAUGCUAAAAUUGUUGUUAUUCUAUAUGAUCCUGCUAGGAGAGCUUAUUCUUGGUACCAGCAUAUGCUUGCCCACAAUGAUACAACUGUUAUUGCUGCUGGCAGUAUGGACAAGGUGUUGGAUGCUACCACUCCGCAACUGAGAAAGUUGAGACAAAGAUGCCUGUCAGGAGGGCGAUACACACACCACCUUGAUCGAUGGUUGGAACAUUAUUCUUUAUCAAAUCUGAUCCUUAUAGACGGUGAAGCAUUACGGGAGGAGCCAGUGCGGGUCGUGACGGAGUUGGCGGAUAAGCUUGGGCUUGCGAGUUUUGACUUCAAAGGCCACAUUCGUUACAGUGCCUCGAAAGGAUUCUUUUGUCAAGUUUCUAAAGAAAAAACGAAGUGCCUCGGACGUGGCAAAGGACGAGUUUAUCCACCAAUGACACCGGAUUUGUGGUCUCGUCUCAAUAAUAUAUUUCUCCCAGAUAAUACUGCGCUUCAUAAAUUUCUUGUAAAGAAUCACCUCCCGGUGCCAAGGUGGUUACGUAAGCUAUUGGAAGGAUAG